GUUGAUCAGCGUAACCCGGAAACUGAAGGACCACGCGGUCGGCUGGAGAAUGGACGCUUAUGACUUAUUUCGGAAACUUGGAGCAGGCGCUAAAUUCGACCUUAAAAGAUUUGGUCAAGACGCUGCCAGAUUUAAGGUUACCAGGUCUCGGGAAGGGGAAACAUUAUCGCACGCUCUAUCUACAAUCGAUUAUUUCCGGACAGACCCGACCAGCGGCCCACAGAUCAGCUUCCAGACAGGGCAGGAGGAUGAGGACGGAGAAAGCGGAGAAUCCGAAGCUGGAGGCAAAAGACAGCGCAUUGAGGAUGAUUAUACAAAGUCCAAAAAGAAGAAAACAAAAAACAAGCAAGUGUCAGCUAAAGAUGUUGGAAAAACGUGGAACGAGUCUGAGGGAAACGGCAUCAAGUUGACGUCGUCUUCUGGCAGAAAGAUUCAAAGCCUGCAGUGUGAUGAAGAGAAAUCCUCGCUGAAGAAGCUGAAACGACUUCAUCAGGAAAAGAUCAACCGCGUUCGCUCUCAGCACCGAAUAAAUGUUCACGGUUCUGACGUCCCCGAUCCUGUGUGUACUUUUGAGGAGCUACAGUCUGAGUAUCGUCUGAACCCCCGUGUUCUCCAGAACCUCAAAGAUGCAGGGCUCAACUCUCCAACUCCCAUACAGAUGCAGGCAAUUCCACUCAUGAUGCACGGUCGGGAGCUUUUGGCUUGUGCUCCCACAGGAUCUGGAAAGACUCUGGCCUUUUGUCUCCCGCUGCUCACCCACCUGCAGCAUCCAGCCAACCUGGGUUUCAGAGCCGUGAUCAUUUCUCCAACCAGAGAACUGGCCAGUCAGACUUACAGAGAGUUGCUCCGCCUAUCAGAGGGAGUCGGGUUUCGAGUUCACAUUAUCGACAAAGCUUCCUUGGCUGCUAAGAAGUAUGGACCCCAUUCGAACAAGAAAUAUGAUAUUCUCGUCAGCACCCCCAACAGGCUGGUUUUCCUUCUUAAACAGGAUCCUCCUGCUAUUGACCUCAGCUGUGUGGAGUGGCUCAUUGUGGACGAGUCUGAUAAGCUUUUUGAAGACGGGAAGAGGGGCUUCAGGGAGCAGCUUGCCACCAUUUUUCUCAGCUGUUGUGGUGCAAAGGUGCGCAGGGCUUUCUUCAGCGCCACAUGCACUACAGAAGUCGAACAGUGGUGCCGCCUGAACCUCGACAACCUGGUCUCUGUAAACAUUGGACAUAGGAACACUGCGGUGGACACGGUGGAACAGGAGCUGCUGUUUGUUGGCUCAGAGAGCGGCAAGCUUGUAGCCAUGAGAGACAUCGUCAAAAAAGGAUUCCUACCCCCCAUGCUGGUGUUUGUGCAGUCAAUAGAAAGAGCGCGGGAACUGUUUCACGAGUUGGUUUAUGAGGGCAUCAACGUAGACGUGAUCCAUGCGGAGCGCACACAGCAGCAGAGAGACAAUGUGGUGAACAGUUUUCGAUCCGGGAAGAUUUGGGUGUUGAUCUGCACAGCUCUGCUUGCCAGAGGAAUCGAUUUCAAAGGAGUGAACCUCGUAGUGAACUACGACUUCCCCACCAGCGCUGUGGAAUAUAUUCACAGAAUCGGUCGCACAGGCAGAGCUGGGCAUCAGGGAAAAGCUGUCACCUUUUUCACAGAGAGUGACAAACCGAUGUUGCGCAGCAUUGCAAAUGUCAUCAAACAAGCUGGCUGUCCUGUACCAGACUACAUGAUCGGCUUCAAGAAGUUGCACAGCAAAGUAAAGCGGAGACUUGAGAAGAAACCUCCUAAGAGAAACACCAUUUGCACAACUCCACGCUUCAUGAUAAAGAAAAAAGGCAACGCAAAGAAACAGAAGACAGUUUCCGGUGGAAGGCACAAAGACACAAAAGAACCUGAAACACCAACACAGAAAAAUGGGGAAAAGAUGACAAGGAAACAGAGACUGAAGGGAAGAACUGCAGAAGACGGAGAAAAAGUUACUCAAAAGCCCAAGAAAGCAAUUCGAAAGAAGACAAAUUCUCCAGGGGCUCUGUUUGGAAAGUAGAAAUGAUCAGAUGGUGGUUGCUGUACAUUUAAACGGGUAAAAUAAUAAAUUCCUAAAAUUGUCUGUA